ACUUCCUUUUCCCAUUGCAUGCCAACAGUGAAGACACGCAUUGUAUACCAACUCUUGAGUAGUGUAUGAACUGAUGGCAGACAAAGAGCCAAAGAAGGCGAAAAAGGCGGCGCCAGCGGCUGCACCGGUAGCCGCGGAACCGGUCAAGAAAGUGAAGAAGUCUUCGCGCAGAGGAAAGUUCAAUACGGCGACGCCCGGGAGGCUGUACGUGAAGGCCAUCUUCACCGGCUAUAAGCGAUCGCUUCGUAACCAACGCGAGAACACAGCGCUUCUUCGGCUGGAAGGCGUGAACAGGAGAUCCGAAACGGACUUCUAU